AUGUCGAAACCAAAUCCAUUCCUCAAUCUUUUCCGGCGAUACUACUCACAGCCCGCAUCGGCAUUCUUCCGCACCGCCCACGCCCGUCCCCCACCCACGCGACCCCAAUGUCCGCACACACGCAUCCUCUUCCUCCGCUCACAAAGUCGCCGAGUGGGCGGCGGCCCCGGCCUGGACCCAAGUUUCGUCUCGAUUCUCGACCGGCCGGCGAAGAUGGCGCGAGUAGGAAAACAACAUGGGCCCGGCCUAAUCAUCCUCGCGAUAAUCCCCGUCACAGCCUUCAUACUAGGAUGCUGGCAAGUGCAGCGUCUGGGCUGGAAAACCGAAUUAGUCGCCCGCUUUGAAGAUAGAUUGACCUUCCCGCCUCUCGAACUCCCGCUGCGAAUCGACCCGGCUGCAAUUCAGGAUUUUGACUAUCGCAGGGUCUAUGCGAGGGGCGUGUUGAGACAUGAUCAGGAAAUGUUGAUUGGGCCGCGGAUUUUGGAUGGCGAAGAGGGGUACACGGUUGUUACGCCGCUCGAACGGCGGGAUGCGCGCGGCAAUGUGCAUAAGAUAUUGGCGUGUAGGGGGUGGAUCAAGAAGGACGCUGCGCCGCAGUGGUUUCGCAAGAAGAAUGGGGCGUUGCCUGAGGGUGAGGUUACGAUUGAGGGCUUGUUGAGGAUACCGCCCAAGGGCAACAUGUUUACGCCGAAAAACGAGCCGGAAAAGGGAAAGUGGUUCUUUCCCAGUGUCGAGGAGAUGGCCGAGUAUAGCGGGAGUCAGGCUGUGUGGGUGGAGGAGACGAUGACGCCUGAUUUGCUCACAAAUUAUGAACGUGAACCCAAGGGCGUACCGAUUGGUAGGGCGCCCACCGUGAACCUACGAAACAACCACACGCAGUACAUCUUCACAUGGUACGCGCUCAGUUUCGCGACCUCAGUCAUGUUUUGGAUGGUCGUCAAGAAGCCCAUGUCGGGCACCCAACGGAGAGUACGCCACAGCGUUGAUUGGUCGUGA